AUGAGGACUUGCUUGCUGACCAUUAUAUGGGCGUGCUUGUCCCUUUAUGUGAACUCCACGUCUAUUAGCAGAAAGACUGUGUUAGAGAUGGGAGGAGAGGAGGACAGCGAUGGAGCAAAGGGAGGGAAGAUACUGAAACGUUUCAAACGAGGAUGGAUGUGGAACCAGUUCUUUCUACAGGAAGAGUACACUGGGAGUGAUAAGCAGUACAUUGGCAAGCUUCAAUCUGACAUGGACAAGGGGGAUGGAACCCUGAAGUACAUUCUAACCGGGGACGGGGCUGGAGACAUAUUUACUAUUGAUGAAAACAAUGGUGACCUCCAUGCCAAUAAGAGACUGGACAGAGAGGAGAAGGCCUUCUAUACCCUCCGAGCCACCGUAGUCAACAAGAACACAGGCCUGAAACUGGAGCCUGAGACAGAGUUCAUCGUUAAACUUCACGAUAUCAAUGACAAUGAGCCUAAAUUCGCAAAGGAACUUUACACUGCCAGUGCACCUGAGAGGUCUAAUAUAGGUACUUCAGUCACCCAGGUAACAGCCACGGAUGCAGAUGACAGCAUGUACGGGAACAGCGCAAAACUACGAUACAGCAUCAGCCAGGGGCACCCAUACUUCUCUGUGGACCCAAACACAGGUAUCAUCAGGACAGCCCUGGGGCCUGGAGAGAUGGACCGGGAGAAGCGGGAGCACUACCAGGUGGUGAUUGAGGCCAAGGACAUGGCGGGCCAAAGGGGAGGCUUAACUGGAACCACCACAGUCAAUAUCACCCUGACCGACGUCAACGACAACCCCCCACGCUUCUCUCAGAGUAUAUAUCAGUUCAGCGUUCCAGAGUCUAUAAAAACUGGAAUCCCAGUUGGGAGAAUCAACGCAGUAGAUAAAGACCUUGGGAAGAAUGCGGAGAUGUACUACAGUGUUGUCAGUGGGGAUGGCUUGGACAUGUUCGAUGUCAUCACGGACAAAGACUCACAGGAGGGCAUCAUUACUGUUCUAAAGUCAUUGGACUAUGAAAAGACCCGAUCCUACACACUGGAGAUCCAGGUACAGAACACUCAGACCUUGGACACUCGCUUCCUGGGGUACCUACCCACCAAGGACAUGGCCACAGUCAGGAUCGGCAUAGAAGAUGUGGAUGAGCCUCCUCUGUUUGAGAAAGCCAGCUACGUGAUGGAGGUGAAGGAGGAUGCAGCCGUGGGUACUGCAGUAGGGUCUGUCAGGGCUAUGGACCCGGAUGGAUACAACAGUCCAGUCAGGUACUCCAUUGAUCGUCGUACUGAUCUAGACAGGCUUUUCAACGUGCAUUCUGGGAAUGGGUCCAUAUUUAUCAUAAGACCUCUUGACCGAGAAGAAGCUGCCUGGCACAACAUUUCUGUUAUCGCAACAGAGUUCAGACACACAGACAAACCUCUGCAGACCAGUUGGGUGCCUGUUUAUGUCCGUCUUUUAGAUGUCAACGACAACGCACCCAAGUUCGCCUCUUUCUACGAGACAUUUGUUUGUGAAAAGACUAAGGCUGGACAGAAGAUCCAGACGGUGAGUGCUGUGGAUGCAGAUGACCCGGUGGGUGGACACAAGUUCUUCUUCAGUCUGGCUAUGGAGGGGGCUUACAGAGGCAACUUCACAGUCAAAGACAAUGGCGAUAACACAGCUGGCGUCCUAACCCGGCGCUCCAGCUACAGCCAACUGCACAAGAGCAUCUACCUGGUUCCUGUGUUGAUCACGGACGGGGACUUCCCCAUGCAGAGCAGCACGGGGACGCUGACGGUGCGCGUGUGCAUCUGCGACCGCGAGGGAAACAUGGAGCUGUGCAACGCCGAGGCCCAGACCAGCUCAGCUGGACUUAGCACCGGGGCCCUGGUGGCUAUCCUGCUGUGUGUCAUCAUCCUCCUCAUGAUCAUAGUGCUGUUUGCUGCACUGAAGAGGCAGAAGAAGAAGGAGCCUCUGAUCAUCUCUAAAGAGGACGUGCGAGACAACGUGGUCAGCUACAAUGACGAGGGGGGCGGAGAGGAGGACACCCAGGCUUUCGACAUCGGGGCUCUGCGUAACCCCGAGGCCAUCGAGGAGAGCAAACAGAGGCGGGACAUCAUCCCUUCGGGCACUCUGUACCCCCCUAUCAGACGGACAGCCAUCCCGUCGCGGGACAACGCAGACGUCCGGGACUUCAUAAACCAGCGGGUGCAGGAUAACGACAGUAACCCCACUGCCCCCCCUUAUGACUCUCUGGCCACAUAUGCCUAUGAGGGAACCGGCUCAGUGGCUGAGUCUCUGAGCUCCUUGGGGUCAGCAUCCUCUGAAGGGGACCAGGACUACAACUACCUCAGUGACUGGGGGCCCCGCUUUAGGAAACUGGCUGACAUGUACGGGGCUGAGGACAGCGACCUUGAAUCCUAACACACCACCUGAACUGUUUGUGGGUGGGAGCUAGGAGGAUGACCUAUGAACUAUGACUGACUGUAAUCUGUCUUCUCAGAAAAGAGGAUAAAUGUUGCAGCCCAAGUUUUUUACAAAGUGCCCUUUUAUUCCUUCCAACUCAGUAGGCCAUAGUUCCUUCUGACGGCCAGACCAGACAGAGACUGUGCAGCUGUGUGGAUUUUCUUUUACUGCAAGGCCGACCUUUGAAGAAAGGAUGAACUUCAGUCCCUCAGUUGAAGUUAAGAACCGGAGUUCAGUGUCAAAAAAACCUAUAAAAAGAUACAUUUAUUUUUCAUUUCUGUUUACGU